AUGGCCCUUGCAGGAUUUGUGUACUGCUUAACUUGCUUGAUCGUCUUAUUGUCGUCUCCGGGUGUUGCUAUUGAUCAGUUUGAGACGGUGAUUCCCGACUGGGUCGAUUCGUUUCAUUUCCCGCGACCUUCACUUCGGGUAGCUUACGGAUCGCAGAACGUGACCAUAGAAAGGCAGUUUUCGCCGGCUGAAGUUCUUCUGCAGCCUAAGGUGAGCAUCACAAAUGCUGGGAAUAGAGACCUUUUUACGCUUGUAAUGGUGGAUCCUGAUCCUCCCGGUCCACAAAUUCCCAUCUUGAGGAACAUUCUGCACUGGAUUGUAGUUAAUAUCCCGGCUCAAUCUACCAAUGCAUCAGAGCAAGGAGACCAUCUUGCCCCUUACUUAUCUCCUACACCAGUCCAGGGAGUCCACCGUUAUUAUUUUCUUCUCUUCAGACAGAAGAAACAAAUUCAUGCUGGAAGUCUGGUUGGAAGUCUUAGCAGGACUCUCUUCAGUGUCCGUGUGUUCACAGAGAAUUAUGAUUUGGGUUAUCCUGUAGAUGGAGUCUUCUUCACCUCCAGAGUGAUUAUAUAACUGAUGAACUCGUAUCAAUAAAUUGA